UCGUGGUAAACAUAAAACAUGGCGUCGCCUGCAGCCGGAGAACGAAAUCCAGCGUCAAACGAAGUAAUUAUUGAGAGAGAGAAUAAAAAACUAACAGAUUUGCCAGCUGAGUUGUUAGAAUAUAUUUUAUGCUUUCCUUCUCUCAACCACAUCGACAUUUUGCACGUAUCGUGUACCUGCAAGCGGCUACAUGAUGUGUGCUAUGGCAGGGGGAAGGUCUGGGGGCAUCAAUUCAAACUCAGAUGGCCAAGGCUGCAGAGGUAUUAUCGUCAGAAUGAAUCAUACGACUGGCUGAAGGAAUACAGGACACGAUACAUCGUGGGUUUACAAAUACGGAGGACAGUGGUGUCGAUAUCAAAGCGAUUCUUCACAGAAGUUCCUUGCGUUGGUCAGGUGCUGGGAGACAGCUUUGCAGAGAUCGAGUCCUUGGGAGCACCAGAGCAUUUCUGUGAAGACGAGCUUCUCUCAAUACUGAACUCUGACAAAAGGAAGAGCCUGACCUUGAAGUACUAUGCAAAGAAAAUUCUGUACUUCCUCCGCCAGCAGAAUAUCCUCAGGAGCCUCAAAGUGUUUCUGGAGCAGCCUGCAAACGAGCAGUCGGCUCUUCAAGGUGCAGUGUUAGUGGACCAGUAUUGCAACCCUUUGGCGGAGGUCACGCUUGAGAAUAUAUUGACCCAGUUGGAAGAUAUCGCCGACAAAGUCAGAAAGUGCCUGCGAGUCUCCAAUGCCUCCCAUCCCAGUCAGCGGGCCACCACAGGUGACUGUUUGGUGGUGGAAGACUUUGAGCUCCAACGGCAGGUCAUCUGUGCACUCAACACCGUGCUCUACGAGCAGCUGCAGUUCACAGGCAACGAGUGUGACUUCUACAAUCCCCUCAACUCAUACAUUCACCAGGUGCUACUGCGGCGGACUGGCAUCCCCAUCAGCCUGUCAGUGUUAUACAUGACUCUGGCCCGCAAGCUGGGCGUGGUCCUGGAGCCGGUCAACUUCCCCAACCACUUCCUCUUACGAUGGUGUCAAAAGCAAAGACGGAGCGGCGACAUCUAUGACUAUGUUUACAUAGAUACGUUUGGGAAGGGUAAGCAGCUGACUGCUAAGGAGUGCGAGUACCUCAUUGGACACCAAGUUACAGCGGACUACUACAGUGCCAUAAGUACCUCCAAAGUAUUACUGAGGAUGGUGGGAAAUCUGCUGAAUAUUGGCAAACGAGGAGAGGGGAAUGAGAAAUCCUACCAGCUCCUCAGAGACUCGCUGGAUCUGUAUCUCACCAUCAACCCUGACAACGUCCAGUACUUACUCUUACAAGCCAGGCUCUACUUCCAUCUUGGCAUCUGGCCAGAAAAGGUAUUGGACAUCCUGCAACAUAUCCAGGCCCUGGACCCGUCCCAGCACGGCGCUGUGGGCUACUUGGUGCAGCACACGCUGGAGCACAUCCAGCACAAGAGGCACCCCGUGCUGCCCGAGGCCAAGCUGCGCAGCGCCACCGAGCACAGGGACGUGCAGUACUCCGUGGGCCUCAUCAUGAAACACAAACGGUCGGGCUACAACUGUGUGAUCUACGGCUGGGACCCGCGGUGCACCAUGAGUCAGGAGUGGAUCACCACCAUGCGGGUGCACCAGCUGUCCAACGGGGCCAACCAGCCCUUCUACAACGUCCUGGUGCAGGACGGCACCUGCCGCUACGCCGCACAAGAAAACCUGGAGCCUCACUCGGCCCCGCUGGAAAUCGCACACCCGGAGGUGGGCCGCUACUUCUCGGAGUUCUCCGACACCCACUACGUUGCCAACCAGGAGCUGCAGACGCGCUACCCCGAGGAUAUGCCCGAGACCCUGGGCACGGUCGGGGAGCUCUAUAGACUUACCCCCUCCUCUCUGGGGGCUGCUGAGGGCCUCCUGCCCCACCCCUCCUCCGUCCAGCCCAACGCUGAGGCCAAGACCCCAUGAAGAUUUUUUGCACUUUUUUUAUUUCUAGCCUCCGAUGUCGAUGUCGCCUUUUAGAAUGCUUCUCUCUCUUAACCACCAAGCCAACCAACCAUCAACAAUCCACCAUCCGGAUCACCCAGGCUAAGAAAAAAAAAAAAAACAAAAAAACGUC